AUGCACGGUAGCAACAACAGCGUCAUCAACGUCGGUGGUGAUAGCGGUAUCCGCCGCGCAGUAGCCCUCGCCUUUGCCAGGGAGGCGUGCCAGGUCACCAUCACGCACCUCGCCAAGGAGCAAGCCGAUGCCGAAGAGGUCCAGAAAGCAGCAGCUUCGGCACCGCAUGGCGUCAAGGAGAUCCACACCGUUCCAGCUGACCUCAAGAGCAGGGACGAGGCACAGAGGAUGGUUGCUAAGCACGUGGACGAGUACGGCGGGCUGAACAUCCUCGUGAACAAUGCGAGCAUGCAGGUGCAAUGCAAGGCAUUAGAAGACAUCGACCUCGAUGUGGUCGAGCAGAAGUUCCAGACGAGCAUCAUCGACAUGCUGGCGAUGGCCAAGUUCUCACUGCCACACAUGAAACGUGGCUCGACCAUCAUCAAUGCAUUUCUCUCACGGCAUAGAAGGGAAGUGCUGGCAUGGUCGACUAUGCCUCGACCAAAGGCGAGUCUCCGGGAGUUGACGUGCCGUGACUCUUGCCCCGCGUGGUAUCAGGUCUGCGCAGUGGCUCUGGGAUCCGUCUUUGCGCCGCUGGAACCUGCCAGCCGCACUCCCGAGCAGAUGGAAGGCUGGGGGGUCGAAGCGCUGCUUCUGCACGGCAGGCCUGGCCAGCCGGCGGAGCUCGCGGCGUCGUACGUCUAUCUGGCUGACGCAGGCUCGAACAACAUCAUGACAGGCCAGGUGUUGCAUCUCAUCAGCGGCUAG